UUCGUUCGAAAAACUCGCGAUUACGCAACCAGGAAGCGGUCGCACGUGACUGGCCCGCGCCCCUCCAAAAUUGGUUACCGGCCGAUCGAGAAUCCCAGAUGUUUUCCGAGCGCGACCAAUGACGACUCGGCGAUUUCUCACAACGCGUGGCGUAGAGCGUUUAAAGACCAUACAGAACGCACGUGUUGAGAUAUGCAUUUAUGAUGAUAAAUUACAGAUUUCAUUAUGAUUGCGAGGUAUACGUCCCGUAAUGCGAAGCUUUUUAUGAAUGUUCCAUCAGAAUUACAUGUGCGAUUAUCCAGCCUUGCGUUUGUUCCAAAAUGUAAUCCGGUGUCGACGGAGGAUGUGACGAGAUUGAAGGAAUUCGUGGAUAAGCGUCACCGUCUGUGCGUGUUAACCGGGGCAGGGGUGUCCACGGAAAGCGGUAUCCCCGAUUACAGAUCGGCCGAGGUCGGUCUUUACGCCCGAAGCAAUCGCAAGCCGAUUCUCUACAAGGAGUUUUGCGACAGCGAGGCAGCCAGAAGACGAUACUGGGCCAGAAAUUGUAUCGGAUGGCCGAGGUUUUCCUCUCUUCGACCAAACAUUACGCACGAGAUACUGAAACACAUGGAGUACGUCGAAAAGGUGGGAUGUGUCGUUACGCAGAAUGUGGACAAUUUACAUCUAAAGGCAGGAAGUAGGAAGGUGAUCGAGCUGCACGGAACGGCAUUCAGAGUGAUGUGUCUUAAUUGCGAUCAUAAGAUAUGCAGGCACGAGCUUCAAAGAGUGUUUCAGAAACUCAACCCGUCUAUGAUCGCUGCCACCCAGAUGAUAAGGCCUGACGGUGAUGUAGAAUUGUCACAGGCACAAGUGGAAGGCUUCAACGUUCCUGCUUGCGAUAACUGUGGUGGCAUUUUGAAACCGGAUAUCGUAUUCUUCGGUGACAAUGUACCGCACGACAAAGUACAAAAUGUGAAGGCUAAUGUAGAGAGUUCAGACGCUUUGUUAAUUCUGGGAACGACUCUUAGUACAUUCUCCGCAUACAGGAUUGUAUUGCAAGCGAUUGAUGCCAAGAAGCCAGUAGCAAUAGUAAAUAUUGGCGAGACUAGAGCUGACAAAGUUGUGAACUUGAGAAUAGAAGGAAGAUGUGGAGACGUUCUGCCAAAGAUUUGGCAGCCGAAUACCUUAAAAGAUUGUAUAAGAUGAUGACAAAUGUGAUUAACUUUCAAAUUAUAUGCUAAUUUAACUGAA